GCCGGCGCAGUGAAAGCCGUUUGGAAGUCUAUCCUCAGUUCUCCCCGGUCGCUCAGCUGUGCGUCACAUGUCGGGAACCGCGAGUCCGACUUCUGUCUGUAUACCAUCCUACCGUGUACCGCUUGCCCGUUCAGGUUACAGUAACGUGCCGGAUUCUUGCUUACCGGCCAGCGUCAGUCAUAUAUUAUGCUAUCUACCGCGUGCGCAUCGACGUAUCACAAUAAAUCCAUCACGAAGUGCCUCGAACAUGCGGACGGCGUGACAAACGCAGGCAACGGUGCACGCCGUUUUGUUGAUACAUUGAGUUCUGUGUUCAGGCCGCGAAGGCCGCCGCGUCCCUCCACGGUCUAGGAAAAUCGAUCGGUUGCAUCUCGACACGAUUGGCGAUACGAAAACGUUAAACUGCCGAUUCUCGCCCCCGUGUUAUUACGUGUUAACGUCGCGGCAACGAUGACCUAAAGCGAUGGUGUUCUAUAUACAUAUAUGUGAUCGAAAAUAAAGAGGUAGCUUUCAAUACGGAAAGAAAAGAAAAGAAAAAAAGAAAAGAAAAAUCGAAGCGACGCGUGUGUCGUACGCCCAGGUUACCGGGAGUGUGUAUUUUCCGAAUGUUCAGUCGAUUCAUGUACAAUAUCGACCGACGCGUCACACGUAUCAUCUAUCGCGCGCAUCGAACUGUUGAAUCGGCCGUGUGUUCUCGCUCCGUCAGUGAUUUUAACGAUUCUAUCGAACAGUGUGUUCGUUCAUUAGAAUUGUUGGAAGACAGUGGUAAAAUAGCCCAGUGCAAAUGAGAUUCACAAAAGAGCAUACGGACCGAGAUAUUCUUCUCGACAACGCGUAGCCGCGUACCGUGAGACAACCCGUGCUCACGAGAUAUCGAACGAUUAUAUCGAUAUUGUCGGUUGAUCGCCGAGAGAUCGUUUAUCGGCAGUCAGCCACCACGAAUAAUGUCGACGGGCAAGAGGCUGGCGAAACGUAGCAUAAUCGGCACCAGAGUGUGUGCUCCCGGCGACGACGGGAAGUACUACACCGGCGUCAUUCACGCCGUAAAAACGCCGGCGUCAGCCGCCUCUGAGUCAGGCCUCAGCAUUACGCCGAAGACACGCUACUCGGUGCGGUUCGACUCCGUUCCCGGUGGACGUCCGCCGAGUCCGAGCACCGAAUACUCCGAUCGCGAUCUCAUCGGGCCUGGCUUCGGUUCUGUGACCAGCGCGCGGCUCGUGCCCGGACAGAAAGUUUAUCUGACGUAUAACGGCCGGGAAAUUCACGCGGAGGUCACCCAGCACCGCGAGCACCUCGACGAAGUUGACGUGAACAUCGCGCCGAACGGCCAAGAGACGAUAAGCUUGACCAAACGUAUAGACGAGGUCAGGUUGCUCGAGUCACGUAAGAGCGCCCGGCUGGCUGAUCAGGAUACAGAUUUCGCUAGACUCGCCGAUAUGGCUGGCGAUCGCAAACGGGCCUCCUCCCACUCCAUCGAUGUGCCACACGUGAUUGGAUCAAGGAAACGGCGACCCAGCUCGAGUAACGACUCCGAGCGAUUAUACAGCGGCUGGAACGACCGAAUAACCCACGGAUGCGGCCGCGAGGGUUGCCGCACCAACGAACGCGGCGACUGCAUGGACGAGUGCACCGCCGCGCUGGUCCUCAUGUCGCUCUCAUGCUCGCCACACAGUCCUCACAAUCCCCUGCCACUUCACUGCCAGCACAAUUACGGUUCCUGGGGAGGUCGAGGAGGAGGAGGUGGCGGCAUGGUGGUCGGCUCGCCGGGCGUGGGCGGCACGUCGAACAGCAGCAGCAGCAGCAGCGGGGCUUCAUGGCGUAGCGGCACCCCCAGCCCGCCUCUCAGCGACGAGGGGGCACCGACCACCGGCUCGUUAUGGCCGACACCGGCCCAUCCAUCGCACAAUCAGCAGCACUACCCCUACAACGUGUCCGGGUCGUCUAGCAGCACGCCCGGCUCCACCACCACCCUAGACGAGGGCAUAGUGCCCGAUUACCUCGAGGAGCAGCACCCGCGCAAGAAGAAGAUCCGGGCGAAAGUGAGCCGCGGCCCGAUCGAGAAUGGACCCGCGAACUGCUCGACCUACGAGAGUGAACAGGCGAACGCGGCGAUGGUGUUCCAAUGCACUUGGCCAGGCUGCUCGGAGAUCAAAGCGACCGUGCCGCUUAUCGAGGAACACGUGCGCCAAUCACACUUGGGGCCGAAAAAGUCGAAGGGUCAGGAUAACGAGGAGGACGAUUACAUGUCCGACCACGAGGAGGAGUUCUAUUAUCAAGAAGUCGCCGUGGAUCACAUGAGCUCGCCGCCGACGUUGUCCCACCGGGACAUGGCGAGGCCGCCCCACGAAGACCCCGAGUACCAGAAGCAGCUUCGCCUGGAGGCUGCCUCGGCCACGAACAGCAACACCGAGAACGUGUUGGUGGGAAUCAGGGAACGGAACGCCGCGUUCACCAUUUCGCAAUCGCCGCAGGGCACACCGAUCAAGCACAUAAAGCUGUCGCCCCGGCCGUUCCAGACGUACCAGCAGAACAUGGGCCUGCUGACGGUGUCCGCGAGCAAGAUGCCGUCGUCGCCGCGGCGAGUGCGCGGCGAGACGAAGAAGUGCCGUAAGGUGUACGGCAUGGAGCACCGGGAGCUGUGGUGCACGCAAUGCAAAUGGAAGAAGGCCUGCAGCCGUUUCGGCGACUAGGCCAAGCGGCCGCCCCGUUCGUACGUUCGCGGGCGGAGAUUGUCGCCGAGCCGACCCCAGAGUUUGCCAAUGCUACGCUAACCAAGAAAAACCAACUGGAACGCUAAACGACAAAACGAAAAGAAUCUAACAAAGAACUUCUCACCAACUGCCAAUUGCCAAUUGCCGAUCGUCGUCGUCGUCAUCGUCAUCUUCAUCGACGUCGUCAUCGUCGUCGUCGUCGUCGUCGUCGUCGUGGUCGUCGUCGUCGUUGCCGUAACCGAUCGUGUAUCUAUUCGAGCAACGUUGCGAGAGCGAGAUCGUGGCCAAAGACCGAUCAACGACGGUCGAUGGUCGCGGCAAUAUAGAUUAAUCCCUGUUCAUCGUCCACCAUCUUCCACGUAAAACGGUCUCCGUUCGUCCGACGUAAAGGAACGGCAGACGGACAAACCGUGAGCCGCGACGUCGCGGGGGCGGGUUUCGCGAUCACCGAUCCGCUCCCCGUUCUUCUUAUUGUUCACCGUCGUCCCGUGGAAACGCGUGAAUCCCCCAUCCGACUGAGGAAAACAGCGAAGAUGGUCGACGAGAAGCGCGGUCGUGUCUCGCGGCGAGGAAUACGUCAAUCCCAUGACGGAUGGCGGACGGUUAGAAAGGGACGCCCCCCCGAACAGAACGAUCCUUCGCUUCGCGCGGCGGAACGAUCGUCGACGCUCUGCCGCCCGGUCAUCGACGAGACGAGGCUCGAGGAGGCGUGCUGACGCUGCCUCUUCGUCUCGGUGAAGGAUAGACACCGGUGAUCGUUUCUCUCCGAGGAACGGCCGAGCAACGAUCGCUCGUUCUCUCUGGCACUUGGCAAACUCCGCUUGGGGUCCUGUCUCUUUGUUUUUUCCCGUUGUUUUCUAGCCGUAAACGGGGAGAGGCGAGAAGAUUGCGAGGAGGAAGCGGGAGGACUUCGAAUUAGUAGAUAGCGAAUAAUCGCCGGCGCGGAACGAGGCGUUUCUUAGACUGUCGCGCUUUCUCUGUUUGUUAUGGACACAGGCAAACACGGACACACAUAUACAUACACGUGGAACACACUUUCUCUUCGUCCCUCACGGUCGUGGACUCUCCUCGUCUGAAUUUCGGUCCUCUGUCUGUGAACCGAUAGGCGGCGAGGGCGCGGAAACACAGCCUCGUUCCACCUCCGGACAAACGUUCCCGCCGGAAACGAACAGAAGAAAAUGUCUGAUUUCUGUGCGUGCUUUUCUUUCUUCUUUCGUUUUUCGGUCUUCGGGUAUGCGACGGGGACACGCGCGAUUCGUUCGCCUCGAGCGCGAUACGCGCUGAUGAGAUGGUUCAGCUGUCGGUUAACGCUACACAGAUGCAACGGGAACCUAAGGAUUCGCGGAUACGGAAGUUUAACGUCAUUCUCUACCGUUGCGUAUCACUGUAUCGGAUCUUGUUUCUUUCACUUCCCUUAAUUCAGUUUCAACUAAUAACGGCAGAGCAUCAGAACAGCGUUACUGUCGCUAACUUCUCGAUCGAGUAUCGCGAGUGGGCAGUUCCUUUUGUCGUGUAGCGUUAAUUGCCUUACCUUCUCAAAGGCGUAUUAAUAUCUAAACGAUUACACUGAUCGCGUAUCUAGACGAAGUACCGUCUUGGCUAACUCACCGCGCGACAGCAAUGAAACAUGCGUGCAGAUUCCUAAGAAUGCAUGCAUAGCGACCUUCAGUUCGUCUAAAUAGGCAUCCAGUGUAAAGACAAGCUAAGACUCGAUGCAGAGAGAGAUUCGUUGUCAGUGUUACUUUCUGUCGUUUACCAUCGUUCUCUGUCACAUUCGUCGCGGCGUCGAUGUCGUUGCAGUGACAGGAUGCAAUAUCAGAAAGAUGUUAACGAAACGUUUGCAUUGGGCCUGACGCUUAGACGCGGGUCCCCGGACGGUGCCAGUCCCCGAACCGACUCUUAGGUCAUUGCAAUAGGUCUUCCUUCGUCCGACGAGAGAGCGUCGCCGCAACGAACGGGCGCCGCUCUCCCCGUCAGUCCCCGAGGUCGCAGCGAGACGGGCGAGACGGACGGGACCGUGUCCCGGACGAAUGGAACGAAAAGAAUAAAUGAAAAAAAGGAAGGGAAGGAAGGAAAGAAGGAUCGAACGCCGCCGCGCGCGUUCCAGGUAUACAAAUACGGUUCAACCGACGUUUCUUUCCCGGACGACGCGGGCGGGGCGAGCUUCUGAACGAAUUAGGAAAUAUUUUGCGUCGAGAGCAGAGCUAAUUGUGAUAUUUUUCUCUAAAUUUUAUCGGAUAUUAACAAAAAACGAAAACGACAAAAAAAAUUGAAGAAGAAGAAGAAGAAGAAGAAGGAAUGACACGAGACGAUGAUAAUCGUGAGCCGAACUCGAGGCU